GGACGUCUGCGCACUAAGAUACUCAGAUCCAAGUUUGGAGCUUUUAGCUGCCAGCCCUGGCCCAUCAUGUAGGUGCAGCAGAGCCUUCCCUUCCAUUGCAAUUGGGGAAAAAAAUACUUUGCAAUCUGUUUUGCAAGGUGUGCAAUUGCACCGCCCCUCUCUGCAAAGAGAUCUGCUGCAGCAAGUCAGAAAAACUCCAGUUGCAUGAAGAUUGAGCGCUUGCAGUUUGCAUCUUUGUUGCAAAACUAGCUACAGAAGAGAGGCAAGGCAAAGUCUUUUGUGCUCCCCUCCCCCAUCAAAGCAAAGGGGAAAAUGUCUCAGCCGAGAGGUAAGAAGAGAAACCCUGGGCUGAAAAUUCCUAAAGAAGCGUUUGAACAACCACAGACAAGCUCUACGCCCCCUCGAGAUUUAGACUCCAAAGCCUGCAUCUCUAUUGGCGAGAAGAAUUUUGAAGUGAAGGCCGAUGACCUGGAGCCGAUCUCUGAACUGGGCCGCGGUGCUUACGGGGUGGUGGAGAAGAUGCGGCACGUGCCUAGCGCACAGAUCAUGGCGGUGAAGCGGAUCCGAGCCACAGUGAAUAGCCAGGAGCAGAAGAGGUUACUGAUGGACUUGGACAUUUCCAUGAGGACGGUAGACUGCCACUUCACAGUCACUUUCUAUGGUGCGCUCUUUCGAGAGGGAGAUGUGUGGAUUUGCAUGGAGCUGAUGGAUACCUCGCUGGACAAAUUCUACAAACAUGUCAUUGACAAAGGCCUGACGAUUCCUGAAGACAUCUUAGGGAAAAUAGCCGUCUCUAUUGUAAAAGCACUAGAACAUCUACAUAGUAAGCUCUCCGUAAUUCACAGAGAUGUAAAGCCCUCUAAUGUGUUGAUCAAUACACAGGGGCAGGUGAAAAUGUGCGAUUUUGGAAUUAGCGGUUACCUCGUUGACUCUGUUGCUAAAACCAUGGAUGCAGGAUGCAAGCCCUACAUGGCUCCUGAAAGAAUCAACCCAGAGCUAAACCAGAAGGGAUACAGUGUCAAAUCGGAUAUCUGGAGUCUGGGAAUCACCAUGAUCGAGCUGGCGAUCCUGCGGUUUCCGUAUGACUCUUGGGGGACGCCGUUCCAGCAGCUCAAACAGGUGGUGGAGGAGCCAUCGCCGCAGCUUCCGGCAGACAAGUUCUCAGCGGAGUUUGUCGACUUUACCUCACAGUGCUUGAAAAAGAAUUCCAAAGAACGGCCAACAUACCCAGAGCUUAUGCAACACCCUUUCUUCACCCAGCACGAAUCCAAAGAGACAGACGUGGCUUCUUUUGUAAAACUCAUUCUGGGAGACUGAGAAACGGACUUGUACACGAUUUGCCUUUCUGUGGACUGGUGGGUUUAGGGGAAAAGGGGUGUGCGGCGGGGCUUGGUCACGAAAGCACCAAUAGAAAGUCGCCCUUUAAAAAAAAAAAUUUAAAUCCCCGCCUCUCCAAUGUUUUUAAAGGGUUCUUUGGUAUCCAUAGUGACAUAGAGUGAACUGGUUAGUGAAAUGAAUUUUAAUAAGGUUGGCACCCUUCAAACAAACAAACGAAAACAUUUUUAACAAGGGUGAUUGAAAUAUUUAAUGACAGUCAAAAUGCCAUCCCCCCCAUGCCCCAACCUUCUCCUCAACCUUCUUCCCUUGUUUCUGUUGAAUUGCUUUUGUCAUGGUAAUAGGUGCUAUGGUAGUCAUGAAGUUGUAUGUAGAUUUAUAUUUUGUCCCUUCCAUUAUUUUAAUAUUUAUGUUAAGUGCUGGAUUGAAUAGAUUACUGUUUUAUAUGAGAAUGAACGUGUUAUGAUGUUGAAGAAAAUGAGGCUACAGCAAGCAAUAUUUAUAGGGCUUUGCUGUGGAAAGGGUUAAAAGGAGAAAAGGAAAAAAAAAAGAAGCCUGUAUGUUGUGGAAAAUUAUUUAAUGUGCAUUGUUAAAGAAUUUUUAACAAGGAUCUUGGUUCAAAUGCCGGGGCUACCUCGGAAAACACACUGAGGGGAUUGGUAGGAUCUCACAUGAUGUGGGACUCGGUCGGGCACAGGAGAGAUUGCUCCGAUGACACGUAAAGAGGAAACACAGCUUGGUUCUCAUGGCGUUUGUGGUGCAUUCCCAGCACACGGCGUUGCUAAAGCCUGUGGUUCCAGCGAUUUAGACGCGUGUCUGACAGGUAGCGAUGUCCUGAGGCAGAAACGUAGUGACUGGGACUAAUGCAGGGAGGAAAGGUUCGUUUUAAAGUGCGUGGCAAUGUGAAGAGGCAAUAGCUGAUCCCUCACCUGGCUAUGAAUUCGGGAGUGUUCCAUAGAGAACCUUGUGCUGAUGUUAGAGUUCAGGUUUUGUGGUGGUUUUGGCCUCGGAAGGUAGUUUUCCUGUCCUCCCUGAACGGAAAGGAACAUUAUGGAUGGCUGGAUAUCUGCAAAGGGGGAAGCAGGGACAGAGGAUUACGUCCCAGGGUGGGUUUCCAAAUUUCCAAGCACUACACAGACAGAAAUCCCCUGAACUUACCACAGUUAUUUGAAACACUAGCGAGCUCCGCAGGAACUCCUGCUGGAGUGUGGUUUGAUUCUCAUCCAGGGCCGGUCAGGAUGAUCGAUGCAGCUGUGUGUGUUAGGCUAUUGCACACGCUGCAGGUGCCCCUCAGAGGGCUUCAGUACAGGAACACCCGCAAGGAAACCACAGCUACAUCGAUCCCAGGAGCUUGUUGUCAUUGGACGUGGUCCCCAAAGAAAACUGCUAGCCAAGGGAGAAGAACAUUGGGGAUGUCAGGAUGGGAGGGAAAGACAGCACAAGAAUGCUGUUCUCCUGUUAACACAGUAACUGGUGCUCUGUAGGGUGAGCAGAUGGACACUAGCUCUGCUCUCGAUGACUCCUCUGACUCCGGAUUCACUUUGGUGUCACCAAGCAGAACAUGGCCUGACCAGCUUUCCUGACUUGGCUCUUUAACUGCAAUCCGGUCUUUGCGCCUUGUCUCCCUUGAUCUCUUCCCUCUCACCCUCCCGGCGAGGCAGAAUGCAUGUGCGAUGUCUGUCUCCCCAUUCUGUCUUUUAAAAGCCACCCUCACAGCACUAUUCCUCUCUGCUGGGAGGGUCACAGACAGAAGCUCCAGAUUUGCUGAUUUGGGAGCCGAGCCCCAUGUCGCUCCAGAACAGCUGGGAAAAUUGGUGCUAUGCCAGUCAAGAGAGCUCCUCUUCCCCAGCUUAUGUGCCGAGGGCAGCCUUUUCUAUUGCAUCACGAGAAACAGAAAGCUCCUGCUCUGACCCAGUCUUAGGCCUCCCCCGCAUUCGUUUCCCUUUCUCACCCGUAUCAGGGGAAGGAAGAUCCACUGAGACAGAGCUAGGAUGGGGAGAGGGAAAGUAAUAUGAAAACCCGCAGCAGCCCUAGCUGAAAUCCCUCGAAAUCCAUUCAGGCCCAGAAAGGAACUGCCCGAAGAGUAGUUCUCACUGCGGCACAAGACUCAGGGCCAAGUUGUGCCUUGUUUCACACUCUCCACCAUAUCGUCAGCUGGUGGAAAUGGGUGUAACUCUGGACGAGCCCAAAGCAUCCAUUCGUGAAGUGAUCCCACUCCCCAAGGCUGCAUUGUUCCUUUGCAAGGUCAGAGGGGGAGGAUGGUAAUUUGCAUUGCAUCUGUCCUGGGCGGGGGUCAUUAGUAAUUGAAGUGCUUAUGGGAGUUCUACCGUCUCGUUCACCAGGAUCCCGUCAUUUUGCACCACAUACUUGCUACGUCCGUCAUUUGAGGAGCCUCUGGAGGGUUCAGAGUUUGGAUUGUGGGACAAUUCCCUGGGGGCGCAGGGUCCUGAAGAAUUAAAUUGGUUGCAAAAGACUUCGAGUAUGUCUGUGCUAUAAUCACAGGGGUUGCCGUUUGAGCAGACGUACCCAAGCAAAGCUAGCUUGGGUCCCGGAGACGUGAAGCGGCAGCAGUGUGAGCUGCAGAUUGGGCUAGCCCAAUAAUUUCCCAGGGUUCCAGGCUGGCUUGCACAGCCUGCUCUGAAAGUCAUGCUGCCUCGGUUUCCCUGUCCUAAGCGCUGAGCUAGCUAAAUUAGAGCUAGGUUGGGUCUGUCUGCUCGAGCUGCAGUCGUGCCCAGUGAUUACAGCAUAGCAAUACCCUUUGUGUGAAGAGGUUCCUUGCUCUCCUGCGUCAGCACCCCUUUGUAAGUUUUAUCUCUCUCUCUUGUGAUCCCAGGGGGAACUUCCAAGGAGAUGUUUUGUUGCAGAUGAAACACAAGGUUCUUUUACGUUUCAGUGUAAUUUUAAAGGCCACGGGGGGGCUCAUAAUCUGCGCCCUGGUUUUCAGCUUUGUGUGUGUGUGUGUGUCUUUUCUCUCUCACACAUAGACUCUGAGCUGUUUUGAUUGAUUGUCUUCAGAUGCAGCAAAAGUCCAGCCAGCCCGCUUAUAGAGCUGGUUCCAGCGUCAAUUCUCACUUGAAAAACAUGACAUUUAAAACCAGCCUUUGGUUUUCCUGCAUAUGGAUCUGAUGCUUUCGUUAAAGAUCGGUUUUGCCUCUUUUCUCUUGGAAUAUAAGUCUCAUUUGGACACCAAAUUCCCUUGACCUCAGAGCACCUUUAUUCCAGUGCCAUGGUAACUGACGGGUUGAAUUUAUGGGAUACCGUCAAAGAUCAGUAUUAACAGCAGAUAUUAAUAUCCCCAGCGUUUUCCAACACUGUCAGUGUUGUAUGCAGUUCGUAACCCUAUAAACGGAAUUGUGCAUGGCUCAACACUACAUGUCGAAUGUUUUCUUUUGUGCUUUUUACUCUUGUGAUGUCUGGCUCGUCCAAAAUCUUCUUGGUUUAAUUGCAUUAUAACAAAACAAGAAAGAAGGACUAUUGAAAAGAAACAGUCACCCCAUUUCUCUAUCUGAUGUUCAAAAGCCUGAUUCUCUGCUGCCUUUCACCUUGGGCAUGCACUUGAAUCAUUGCAGAGUAAAUGUAAUUUGCCACUGGUGAUGUGAGUGGAAAAUUCGGAUUGAGUAGCAUUACACACCCACUUUGCCCGUAUAAAUGACCAUAUUAGGUGCGGGUCAGUGAAGAAAUUUGAGAUUUGCUCUGUAUCUCAGCGUCCAUCUUGGGCAAAUAUCAAAACAAAGCUUGUAUCAUCUGGGGAUCAUUUGAAACCUUCUGUAAGUACUGUGCCACAGGUAGUCUUGGGGGAAACAUGGCCUAGUGGUCUGAGCACAAGACUGGGAGCCAGGAUUCCUUAAACGCUUAGAUUACCAUUGUGGUGGCUCUUUUACUAACACUGUGGUAGUGGGCAGGUGUGUAAUCUCUGCCUCGGUUUCCCCAUCUGUAAAAAUAGAGAUAACACCUACCAGGAUGGGUGUAUUGAGGGUUAAUUUUCUGGCUCAUGCAGUGAAGGUGAAAAGUGUUCUGUCAGUGGCUUCCCAAGACUCUAUUUCUGGACAUCACAAGAGGUCCUUCACUCCAUCACAUGCUCAGAGGGAAGGCUGGGGCUGGGGCGGAUUUGUUGCUGCUGUUUGUAUGGUAGGAUUUUGUUGUUCUGGAGAAGAUUUUUCCCAGGCAGUACAUAAGACUUUAAACAGAGAUCUGUCCUUUCUUUUACCGUGUUCGCUGGUUAUUGAGGAGUUGUUCCUAACUCAUGCCCACAGGGGCUAGGUUUGUGGUGGUGGAGCGGCAGUGUCUGGAGGCAGGGGGAGCUAGAGAGGGCGUUGCUCAGAAAUGGCACUUUAAAUGGGGAAGCACGCACUCCCCCAUGUGCCCCGUUGCACAUCGGCAGGUGAGGGGGUGGGGCGUAGCCAUGCCAGUCCGCCCAGUCGUGCUCUCUUUGGGGCAUACAGUGCUGCUGCCCUACACCUUGUGCUUAAGAAGCCCUGGCUCAGCUAGCUGGUGGCCUUCUGCAUAUGGGCACUGGUAACGAAGGAGCUCCCUGCACCCUGUCCCUCCCUACCUUACACGGCCACCAAGAGGCAGCCAGAAUAUGGCCCCAGGCUCUCUAUAUUUCACAAGGGCCUCCUAUGCUUGCUCCUUCGGCAAAGGUGUCAUGCCAACACCCUUGUUCCCUUCAGCCCCAGAUGAUAUGUGGUGUGAAAUGAGGAUUGUGUCUACACUAUAGAUUCCAGCAGAAGGAGGCAGUGGGUGGAGCGAGAGGAUCUCUUUGAUAUGCAGAGGGAGGACACAACAAGGGCAUUUACACACACGCAAACAUGGCCAGUAUUUCUUGCUGUUCGCUUCAGUAGAAGAGUCUGCCUCAAACCUUUCAUAGAAAUUAUAGAUGGGAAAGACCUGGUAGGCCAUCUUAUCCAUUUCCCUACCAAUGCAGCAUGUAUCCUUGCAGCCCAUUCACUAGAGCUUGGCCCAGUGUAGUUGUAAAAGUCUCAAGCAAAAUGGCUUCUAUCACUUCUUGUCCCUGCUGCAAAAAACAUGUCAAAAUGCUCCUUGUCUUCUCUUCCAUCCCAUUGAUGUCCAUCCUCUGUGGACCAUCCUUGGUGCUUACACACUUUCAGAUGGAGAUCAUUGUCACAUCCUUCCUAGGUUAGCAUGCCCCCAAACCAGCUCAAAAAUCAGGCCCCUCUAGCCUCUUAAAUACAUAUUUUUGCUUUUCAUUGAAUUUCCUCCUAUUUAUUGACAUCUUUCGGUUACUGAGCAAUUAGUUAUAUUCAGUUUUGCUAAUGGGAGCGGGAUCAAGACAAACAGUUGCCUUCACUGGUCUGCUUUUAUUGGUGGAUGGGGGGAACAUUACAGAAUGCUUACUGCUAUUAAUGGAAUAAAAUCUCCUGUCCCUAAAAAUGGGAAGGGACUUGUUAGGGCUAUAGAUUCUCAGCUGGCAUAAAUUGGCAUCGCUCCACUGAUUUACUCCGGCUGAGACUCUGGCCCCUUUUGCAUAAACAGCUAUUCUACAAUAAUAAAGUUUAAUGAAUGGAAAUUUCCCCUGGAUUCACAUAAAGUAGUAAGUUCCACUCAUUAAUCUUUAUUGCCGCGUUAUGGCUGUUUAUGUCUAAGGAAUCUUGUCUCCCUGUUGUGCAUAUGUAUUUGUAUAGUGGGAGGGCUGGGGUGAGAAGUGCAUAUAAAAGAGACAUAACCUGAUGUCCACAUAUUUUAUAGUCUGUAACUUCCUCCCCUAGUUGAUUGUUUCCUUGAAAGCUGUUAACUAGCAGCAAAGGAGGUGUUACAGAGCUUUGUCUGCACAGCUGGCCUUUUUGCUCCACUAUGAAAUCCAGAUUGUUUCUUGUGAAAAAAGAUCAGAUCUCCAAAUUAAUAUUUCAGCUGAGCCUUUAGUGGAGCAGGUGGAUAAUAUGGAAUUUGAUGAGUUCUGGCAGGCAGGAGCUCUUGCUCCCCCACACCUUGAUGGGAAGAAACAGCUGCUGUUGAGGUCUCCCUAGGAGACAGAUGUGUUUCUCUAGUUGAAAGAGCAUUAACCAACCCCUGCAAUGCCAUGCAAUAAAGUCAGUUGAUUUCACUUAGGAGAGUGUCUGCUCCUUCCCAGUGGGGUUUUUAUUUUUUAUUCCCAAACCUGUUGCCUUUGCAGGUUGUUGACUGAGUUUUUAUUGUGGGCAUGGCAAGGACACCGUUGUAUUGGAACUAUGGGCAGAUGACUGCUGUGCAAUGCUUGGUAGCACAAACCCUCUCUAGUAAAAAAAUAUUUCCAGUAGUGGCACAGAAGAAAGAAAUCUUCCAGGAAAGUCAAGCAGCAGAAUGAUCUUCCGCACUGGCAGUCUGAGAAGUGAGAGCUCAGUAAUAGUCCUGAUGCCUUCCCUUUGCCCAUCUCAGAUGCCAAUGUUGAUGCUUUCCUUUGAACAUAGUAGAGGAGAGACAAAGUCGCGUUGCAAAAUGUGAGCAUGUUGAGCAAAGGAUUGUUCCUUAGUAGAUUUCCCAUGGACCUCUGGCUGCUGGGCUGCAUAAAUGGAUUGUAAUCUAACAAUGGAAGAUGUGUGAGGAGUCCCUGAAUGGCAGCAGACAGAGGAAGUACCAAGGAACUGGCCACAGUGCUGAUCCUCCUAUUUCCCUUCUGCUCCUGGUGGGAAGCAGAGCAUAAGAGCUCACUGAGUAUGCCCGUGUGGUACAUCCCAUAUACCAUAGGCUGCUACAGCCACUAAGCAGCCCGGGAGGGAAGAUAGCUCCUUUCCCGUGUCUGGUGCAUCUGCUUAGCACAUGGCCCAACUACACAAGUCAUCCCUUUGCAACAUCAAAAUGUUUUUUACCAAGUACUGAUUCCUACUGUACCCCCCUCUCAUCUCCCCAAGGCAAUCACAGUGCAGGCCUUAGAGCAAAGAGCCGCAGAACUUUGAGAUCAACUAAAAUCCACUCUGACAAAUGUGGCUAGGGAGUAGAUAUGCAUAAGAACAUGUAUUAGCUGGUAAGGAUAAAUUAGCUGGCAGUGUGUUUCUAGGACAUGACUUUGGCAGCAGUACAAAGACAAGAGAGGAAAGGGAAGUUCUACAAAGCCAAGAAAUGAGAGGAGACACCUUUUAGGAUUGUCUUUGAAUAUCCUAUUACAAGGAAUAGAUGACUUAUGGGUCUAUUAGGGAAAGUUCAUUCCUCAUUGAAGCCAGUGGCGGUCCACCAGGGAUGAAUUUGACCGGGUGUUAUUUUACACCUAGCUGUUAUACCUUUAAAGUUCUCAUCCCAAAGCUGCAUGGAAACUAUUGGCUACCAAUGUCCUCAUCUCAUUUUUUGGCCACCCUUUAAGGCUUGCCCUGUGUUCCUGGGAUUUCUGCAGCUUUUUGGGAGGCGGGGGCGUUGCCUGCUGUUGUUUUUAGGAUCCUUUUUAUUUAUUUAUUUUAUUUUUUGUCCAGUGACUCAUGAUACAGCAGCGAGCCACAUUAAAUCAUCCAUGGGUGCAUACCUCCAAUGGCAGACUACCACCAGCUGAGCGGUGUACCUGUGGCCCACUAAUGCAUGCCCCAGCUUGGCUUGUUGCUAUCAGAGUGUCGCUCGAUAAAACCUUUUCCAGAAAUGGAAUAAGUCUGGAUUUACACCAACGGAACAGAGAUCUGAAUCUGUCACAUCCACAGCCAUGCUGCAAUGUGGACGGUGUUUACUUCCCAGAAGGAUUUACAGGUUCCCUAAAGCAAUGAGGCAGAACUCUAGGGGUUGAGUGGUUCCAUGAGGAUAAGCAGGCAGAAGCUCAGAAGCUUCUGAAGUCCUCUGGAAGUAGUGAUGGAAAUCUCACAAGAUCAGACGUCAUUUUGAGAUUUCCAAUACAUCGUGGGUUUGACCGGAGCAGAACAACCUUCUUAUAGCUUCUCUGAUGAUAUUUUGAUAUGUUACUUCCACUUCUGGGCCCAGCCAAACCCAAUAAGGACAGAAUUCUGGAAUUUUUAAAUAGAAGAGGGGGGAAAGUGAACCAAGUUUUUUAACUUGGUUGAAAAAUGUCUUUUUGGUGCGCACUAUAGGAAAGAUUCAGGCCAGUUCUCAUUAUAUCUCUUCCCUAAUUCUUCACCUUUAGAAGGUGAUAGUGGUCUUGAGUCUCACUUACACUAAGGUGCCUCCACUGUGCCAGAACAGUGUAAAGGAGCUUUAGGGUAAAUGCGAUUUAGGCAUUCAAUCCUUUUGAAACUGGGUGGCCCCUGAUAUAGUUCAGUCUCAGUGCUAGAUUCUGUGAUAUGACUGUCCAGGUGUAUUCUCUGUUCGUGUGUAUGCAGAAAUGACACACACCAAUUUGUGCCAGAAGACAACAUGAGAUAAGGACUAGAGUACAACUUUUGGCCACGGUGUGGUGGUGAGAGCAGUCAUCUUAGAAUUAGGUUGGGAAAUUCUUUGACCUGUCCUAUGCAGGAGAUCAGACUAAAUGAUCACAGAGGUCCCUUCUGGCCUAGUGAUCUAUGAGCAACUGGGCCCUGCAGCCUCAGGAUGAAAUGACUUGUGCCAUCUCAUUGGAAAUAGGAUUCUUCAUACAGAAUCCAUGAGGAAAAGCCCAAGUUUCUGCUGGGUGCUUCACUCCUUCCGAUGACUGAGAGAGGAACAGGAGCAUUGACUGCACUUUUGAAGUACAGAUGUGCUGUAUAACUAACACUUGGCCCGUCCCUUGUAUCGCACAGAGUAUUAAUGAAGGAUAAGCUGCUACAGAUUCAGGUUGUUGUACAUACAGGUAUAUUUGUGAGGAAGGAGGGUGAGGAAUUAGUCCUAAUUGAAGGGAAGAGGUUUUGAAAUAGACUUUCAGAACAGGGGGCAGAUGGGCUGUUGUCUACGGCUUAAAACCUCAGCUGAUAUACAUCACCAUUGCUCUGUUGAUUUCAGUGAAGCUACAGUGACUGAGGUCAGCUGAAGAUCUGGGCACUGGACUGUCGUUUGGUUUUUGUGCCGGUAGUUCUGCCUCAGUAGAGUGCAUUUUUCUUGACUUAUCCAGUCCAGCCUUUUACUUACACAUUUUUCUGUUACACUGGCAGGUGAAUUUUGAAGUACUGUAAAUACCAAAGGAUGGGAACAUUACGUUUCUUUCCUCAGUUAAGAGUGGUAUUUUUUUCAACUAAAAGAACAUUCAACCAUCCCUGAAUUUGCAGGAACAGUCUCUUAAAGUUUUUAGUCCUUCUCAGUCCAGUUGUGUAUUUUGUUUAAGAAGAAUACUGUGAAAAGAUAGGAAGUACUAGAUGUGAGAGGUGUAUUAAGGAGGUAUAUUAAGGGUCUACUGUGAGCUGGCAGAGGGCAGCAGAAGAGUUAAGAAGUUACCACCUGCCUAUGGUAUUUCUAAACUUAGAAAUAAACUGCAGUCAGAAUCAUAGCUAUAUAAUCGGGAUAUAAUUCUGCUUUAAUGUACUCUGGUGUAAAUGCAGAACUCUCCAUCCAACACAGAGCACUCACUCUAGAUUUAGACCCUAAUUCUAUCAGAGUACAUUAAUGUCAAUAGCAGUAGAAUGUGGCACUAAUUGUUGUAGAUAUAUCCUACCAUAGCUAAUAAAUUUUCAAAGCUAUGUCACCUUUUCAUUAUCUCUGAAGCUGUGAAUCAUGUGAAUGGUGUUUGCAGUGACAUCUGCCAUUGUACUGAUCAAAGUUGGCUGAAAUAUUCACAGCAACAUCUUGAAAAUCUUGAAACUUUGCAUUUCACUUCCAUUUGGUGAAAUUAAAUUAGCUUUGGAAAAAAAGCUGCUAAAUUUUGUUUCUUGCAAGUUGGGAAUAAACAUGAACACUUGUCAAGGGGGAAAAAACCUAGAAAUGACUGAAACUUUGAAAUCAAGUGGUUUAAAAAAAUUGGCCAAGAUUGAUUUUUUUUUUUUGGCAUCGAAACAAAUGAAGUUUCCAAAUUUCCAGCAUUACAAUCUUCUCUUUCCUGGGGUAGUGGGAAUUUUUGUAAAAAGCAAAAACAUCUUGCGAUGAAAUUUCUAGAAUCAGAUAGUAGAAAAACAAAUGGAACACCAGUUGUAUUGCAAAUGGACACAUGUAAAGCAGCGUCUCCUGCUUUUCCAUACAUUCAGAUGGAAACUAUUCUCUCGUUAUUAUUUAUUCAUUUGUGGUAGCACCCAAAAUAUACUAAAGAAAGCCAUUGUCUCUGUCCCCAUAUGCUUACCUACAUCUUUCUUUGUUAUCCUCUGACUGUUGAAAUGGCAAGUGUCUUGCUGGCUAAUUAGUAUUUUAUGUUAUAUUUGUUACAGUUUGAAAUUUAACUUGUUCCGCCCUGUAAUUAAACUUGGGAAUAAGAUUUUUUUUUACACCUUUUAAUUGAAAGUCCUGGAAGUUUCUAAAUAGAUCUUGCAGCCAAAAUAAAAACAAUAGUAAUACUAGAUGAGGGAGAGUUCCAAUUUGGGUGUAACAGUGACUUCAAAAACAGAUUGACUGAGUUUAAGGUUCAUGGGGUCAGUAAAUUCUGAGAGUAUCGCAGUGUGAUUAACCAAAACAGUCACUGGCAAUUGCAAGGAAAGACCUUUUAAAUUUUUUUUAAAUGCCUGUAAUUCUCCACCUGAAAAAAAAAAAUCUGUGAUUUUGCCAUGGAUUAAAGACGUUUGGUUGUCUAAGUCUUUGCUCGACUUGAUUGCUCCAUCCCUUUAUAUGUCAAAUUUGCAUGGAGCAUUUCAAUCUUUCUUUAACUCUUUGCCAGGCAGACAGUCACUCGAUGUCAAUCAAAGGUUAUGAUUAUUGUGUUACGAGGUCAUAGGCCACCCAUGGACUCGGAGGGCCAAAUUCUGCCCUUGGAUAUGACACAACUUCCAUUGAUAUCCGCAGACAUAGCGCACGCAUUCCAAAGGCAGAAUAUAGCCACCAACACCUCUUGCACCGUGUCCUUGGAAUACUCCAUGGCAAGGAUCUGCUGCUAGAACCAGGCUGUGAUAGUUAAUCCUAUUCUGAAUUGAGAGGUAGUGGGUGACUUCUUUGGGCUUGAUUCUGCAAGCCAUCCCAGGAGUAGACCCACUGCAAUCAGCAGCUAUUAAAUCAGUAAGCCCUGUGGCCUGGUAGGGUAAAACAUGCACCCGCUUACAUUCCUCAUGUGUUAUAUAGAGGACAGAACAGGUAUGCGCUCUUUGGAUGAUGAAACGGUAGAGUAACUAAUUGAGGGCUCAUUCCUGCUCUUCAACAAAAUUCCCUAUGAAGUCAGAGCAAGUCUUGUUCUUUAUCUUUCCCUCCUGCCAUUUGUAAAGGUGCCUUUCUCUUUUGCUGGUAUGAAAAUCUCACUGGCCCUUCUGCCAACAGAAGUCUCUGCAUCUCUCUCUUAAUUUCUUGUGUUGGUGUUUCUGUGAACAAAUGCUGGGAAGUGGGUUGCAGAAUAUGGAACUCAUUAGAAGUAAGGAUCGCAGAAGGACAUGGGUCUAAAUGUUUUCAUGCAUCUGAAGUGAAUUUUAAGGAAAUGUCUGUCCCCAAUUUACUUUCUGCUUUUCCAAUACUGUUUGGGAGAAAAUGGAGUUAUCAAAGCAGGUAAUAAACAUUGCAGCUUUCUGCUUCAAAAUGCACAAGUAACCUGUCUUAAAGUUAAUACAAAGCUGCACUAAGUCAGAAGAGUGUGUGUUUGUGUGUGUGUGUGUGGAUAGGGGAGGUUAAAUCUGCCAUUUAGGAGAUUUUUAAAACAGUACGAGAGAUUAAAAAUUAAUGUAAAAUAUUUAUUUAUUGGCAAAAGUACAUCAAACUUUUCAUCCAUCUUUUCAUUGAUUUAUGUUUGUUUUAUUUACCAAGUCUUUGUCCGCCUGUUUCCCCUGCAGUGUGUUUUCCCACUGCUGCUCACCAGCUCCUAACCUCAGAUGCCCUUAUAAGAAUACAUGAGCUGGUAACAUAGGCUAUAUGAUGAAGACAUAAAUUCUGUGGCUGAUCCAAACCUCUUAUGUCAAGAUAGAUGAAAAUGGUUGAAAAUGACAUUGAAAUGUAUUGAAAAGCCGGGCAAUUUGGCUAGAAACCUUUUGUUUCGCUUCCUUGCAUCGGCUAGGUAGCUCUUCCCUACUGAAAAACAGAACAACCCAAACCAUAAUGUAGGGCCCCGAUCCAAUUGCUAUUGUCUUUUGUGGGAGUUGGAUUAGGCUGAGAUAUUACAAGUGUUCAAGUGUUUUGCAGGAAAUCAUGUACAUCUUCAUGCCGUAUUGUAUUUCUCUUCUGUAUAUGAUCUGCCACAGCCAGUUACUGUGAACAAGUGUUAGAGAUAUGGUUUGCAAAAAAAAAAAAAUGCUGCCAGAUUUGGGCUAUAUGCCUGUUAAUGAGAAUUCACCGUCAUAAAGAUUCCUCCAAACUUCUGAAUUAAGAGUAUUUUAAAGUAAAAGUCCUCCUAGCGCGUGCAUGUUUGUUUCAUCCCAAACUCUGGGGUUUCUUGAAUUAGGAAGAUGAUCAACAGUCAGAAGCUGACAUUAGAGCCAGCUGUGUGACAAUGUGUGUGCUGUAAUUUAAUAUUGUGUGUGGUUUUUUUUAAUUAAACAAUUUACGAAUCAGCAUUCUAUUGGAUUGAGGACAUGGGUAAAACAUUGGAACAGGUGUUCUUUACAUCACUACUGUCUGUCCUUCCCCCCUCCCCAUCCCUAUCCUAAACACUUCAACAAAUUAAAAUGGGAGAUUAUACUUUUACUUGAAAAAAACUGGUAGCGGGGAGGAACUCUACUACCCUCUGGUCUUAUUUCUCAGGAUAUUCAUAGGGUUAAUUCUGCUGCUGAGAGAAGAGGGGAAUAAUACCUUUUUGAAACUUCAACCACUGUAACCAUUUUCCAGCCAUGUGUUUGCUAAACUUGGCAUUGUGUGUGUGUGUGUGUGUGUGUGUGUGUGUUCUGCUCAGUGUUGUGUUCAACCAGCAAAUGAUUCAGACAACUGCUUGGAAGGAAAAAACAAAACAACAAUAACCUCUUUGCUGAGACUUUUCAUAACCACAUGUGAACUGGUGGUAUGGGAUUAAAUAUUCAAAGAGCCGGGCUUCUUUAUAACAAUGGUAUGUCGGUCGAGUUCAGAAAAUGUACAAAAAAAUAAAGGAAAUUUUUAAAA